UUAGUCACGUGAUGGAAGAAAACAUGGCUUCUUGAAUCGAGAUUUGUCAACGUUUUGGUAAAAGUAGAAAUCCUACCUACUAACACUGAAUGUGAUUAACAAUCUUGUAAAUUACAAAUCAUCCAGUUCAUUUAAUUGAUCGUUAUACAGUUCUACUUUCGGUUUUUCGCAAUUCUCAGGAAGAUGGGUGAGCAGACGUCCUCGACACCAGUCGUACGGAUAGCUAACAGUAGCUAGCUAAGCUGACUAACAUAUGUAUGUAGACUGUAUCAAGCACCACAUUCAACCCAGCAACAUGCCUCCUCGAAAAAAGCGAGAGAACAGAGACACAGAUGAUGGUCCCAGGAAACGACGACGAGCAGUUGAUCAGGAAGAGGACAGAGUCGUCAUCUCAAACAGCGACGAGGAUGAAGACUUCAGACCAACAUCAUCAUCAUUAGAGGAGCGCAAACGGGAGAAGGAGAGUAAAACACGAUCAAACGAGAUGACUGAGGAAGAGAUGUUGGACCUGGCCAUGAGGCUGAGUGAACAGGAGGCCAACAACACUGCUCUCAGGCAACGACAGGAGGAGGAGGCCAUGAGGAAGGCCAUCGCUGAAAGCCUCUACGCGGACAGCCCCACUCAUCCCCACUCAGAAUCUCUGCUGGCGGAUGGGAGCCCUACGCAGCAAUGUCAGAGUUCCCCUCCGGAGGCAGAGAGCAGCAUACAGCCCCCCAGGCGGAAGCUCUCUUACCCCAACCUUGGUGUGGCUGACAGGGAGGGAGCCCACGGUGUAGGUGUUAAUGUAGGGGUGGCUCUCCCAGAAACCAGGAGGAGGGGGAAAAAGGAGGGAAGCCCAUUACUAGAUAUGCCUGACCUGUCUCAGACCCAGAAGUUCUACUCCCAGUCUUCUCCCCUUAGCCAAUCUUCCACCUCCAUGCCUCUCUCUUCACAGGAGGAGGGGUCUUCUCUAAAGAACCCUUUCGGAGACCUUUCAGCCCAUGUCGAAUCUCAGGACCGCAACGCCACAGAGAAUGACUCCCAGUCCCAACUCAGGAAAAAGUCUACAGUUCCCUCAGCCAGCAAACUCAUCCUGUGCCUGCAUAAGCUCAGCCAGGACCUCCUAGUAGACUGUCAGGCCUCUGGGUUCCUACUACGUUCUCAAGAGGGUCCUCCCAGUUUAACUCUUUCCACAAAGUCCCAGAUGUCUCAGUCUUCUCAGCCAAAGAGCCCUACAUUCUCCAAAAGCCCUGUGUUCUCCAGGACAGAGAGAGGUGCAGGCGAGGAACCAGGCCAAGGGAGUCCCCCUAUGUUCUCUGAGACUGAUUCAGGAAAGGAAGAAAAAGAGGCUAGUCCAACUUUUCCUAAAAGCGCCAUGUUCUCCAGUAGUGAUACAGGAGAAGAAGAGAAAGUGGCAAGUCCCACCUUUCCCAGAAGCCCAGUCUUCCCCAGAACUGAUAAGAUAAGGGACCAGGGUCCACAGAGCUGUAUUGAAAGUGUCUCUACAACAGAAGACUAUGAGGAUAGAGACAGAGAGGAUGUGAAGAGCAGCGAUUCCUCAAAGUGCCUUCCACCACACCUCAGAACAACCCUGUCCCUGAACAAGAGACUCAUGCCUAUAAGGAAGACAGUUGGAGUUGCAGACAAAGUUGUUGACCAAGAGGAACGUGAGGGUGAGUCCUCGCAGAGCGCUGUAAACAGGAUUAGCACGCCUGCAAUGUUUGCUGCAGAAGAAGACCUUAAUUCAGAGGAACUUGCGUUGGCUUUGGAGACUCAGCCAAUGCAGGAGUUAACCAGUAAUAUGGCGCUACGCUGGUCAGAUGAUGACGAAGAGGAAGACGGUCCUGCAAAGUCGGCUCACUCGUCUAGCACAGUCUUCCCACAAGAGAAUGACCUCCCACAACCAAGCAACCAGGGUCGCUCCACAAACACCCACUACCACCGUUCCCCUCCACACAUACACAGCCCCUGCCUCGUCCCCAAGAAACGUACUCACACCUCCGAAGACUCCGUGUGUGAGGAGGGAGAUAGCCAGUCCAAGCGCAUCCGGAAGAAGUUCACCUUCAAGGCCAUGUAUGGAGCUCCCUCCCCCUUUCUCCCCAGACAGGCUGCAGGUAGAGGGAGCCAGGAUGAGGCACAAGCCGGAAACCCCUCUUCCCACCAGCCCCAGGCCUCUUCCAGCCGCCUCUCUCCCCCCACAGGCUGCCAGGGGGAUGGGGCAGGAGUGGUGUGCUACUAUUGGGGCGUGCCUUUCUGUCCGCGAGGUCAGGACCCAGAUGCCUACACGCAGGUGAUCAUGUCCCAGCUGGAGGUGUAUGAGAAGAGCCUGAAAGAGGCCCAGAGGGGUCUGCUGAGGAAGGCAGGCUGGGGGGAGCCUGUCCUUCCCGGGCCCCCAGAGAGACCCUUCUCCAGGAGGGGACGCCCCAAGAGACACAGGGCCCCACGACCCCUGGAGGAAGAAGAAGAGGAGGAAGAAGAGCAGGGAAGGGGAAAACAGCAGGAAGAGGUAGUGGCGGUGGUAGAGGAUGAUGAAGAGGAGGGAAGGGGAAAACAGCAGGAAGAGGUAGUGGCGGUGGUAGAGAAUGAUGAAGAGGAGGGAAGGGGAAAACAGCAGGAAGAGGUAGUGGCGGUGGUAGAGAAUGAUGAAGAGGAGGGAAGGGGAAAACAGCAGGAAGAGGUAGUGGCGGUGGUAGAGAAUUAUGAAGAGGAGGGUGAGAAAAGGGAGAGGAGGCUGUCACGGUGGGGGACGGAAGAGGGAGGGAGGAGAGGAAGACUGGAGUGGAAGGACUGUCAGGCACUGUUUGUGUCCACUCCCGAACAAGAGGAAAAAUCGCCCUCACCUGUAUUUCAUGUAGAAUCCAGUCAACAACUAAUUCUACCUCGAAGGAGACUUGGCCUUAGAAGAGAAGAGAGAAGACCAUCACAACUGCCUGACCCACUGGAGAGGGAAAAGGAAGAGAAUGAGAAGAGGGAUGAAGAAGAGGAAGAAGGGAUGGGGGAGGAAGUGGUGGAUGUCGGUGGUUUAGAAGUUCCAGAGACCCAACUCAGUGAUGACGGCACCCAAAACCUGAUGGUCACCAGCCCUGCACAGCCCCAACCAGAGAGGCAGUCCCUGCCUCAGAUCCAGACUUUUCUCUCACCACCCCAUCGUCUGGAACGGCGUGUAGAGGGGAUGGAGGUGGAUGAGGAGAGGAGGAGUGGCCCUGUUAGGAGCCCUGCUGGAGGAGAUGUGAGGAUGGAAAUGGAGGAGACAGGAGAGGUACAGGGUGGGGUCCCAGAACCUGCACCCCCUCAGAGCCCCAGCAUGGACUGUCCCAUGUGCAUGCGCCCCUUCCCCCUGACGGAGAUUGAGAUGCAUGCUGCCUACUGUGACGGUAGUACCGCUAACAUGGAGGAAGAGGAGAUGAUGGGUCAGGAGAGUCAAUCACAAGUUGCAGUGAAGUCUCAUAGGAAGAGGACCAGAAGGGGAGAGAUAAUUGGAGAGGAGCAGCCCAGUUCUUCUGGCUCUGGCAAGGCAGUGCAAGGAGAGAAGUGCUUCCUGUGUCAGCAGCUGUUUAAUCUCAGGGACUACGAGAAGCAUGUGGAGGACUGCAUCAGGAACCAAGAAGUGUCCAAGGUUGCAUCCAGGGCCGGACAGAGUGGAGACUUGCUGAGCGCUUUGGACCAGACCGAGCACAGAGAUUCAGGGACUGCUAAGGCCGGACCAUGUGAUAUUGCCUUCAGGAACCAACACAGUGGCCUGAUUGAGGAUCUGGGAGAGUCUGGGGGAAGUGGGGACAUCGCUGUCCCAGGUUUCAGAGUGAGCACCUCGCCCAUCCGAUCCUUCACCUCCAUCUCAGAAGCCACAGACUGCCUUAUUGACUUCAAGCGCCAGUACUCUUCCUCUACUUCCUCCUCUUCCUCCUCCAGGCCCAGACAAAGAGGGAGGAAAUUCAAGAGGAAAUUCAAAUGAUAGUUUACUAAAAAAAUUGAAAAUACUGUUAACUGCUUUUUUUAUACCGCUGCAUAUCUUUUCUUUGUAUUGUUUGUUACACUGAAUCGAAUGAUACAAAUUUGUGUUAAUAUGGGAUUAAAUAAUACUUG